AUGCACUCUACCAAGAAAAAAAAAACCCUCUCUAGCAAUACACACCAAACUGAGCAUGUGCAUGAGACUACGAAUUCAGUCUGUAUCAGGUGGUCAUUUCAACAAGAGGAGGGGCAGAGAAGAAAGGAUCAAACAGCCUUUUUACACAAUGCAGAGUAUUAACCCCUUAGGUUCCACAGUGAGUAUAACAAGCAUGCUUUACUGCCAGGGGCGGACUGACAACUCAUGGGGCCCCCGGGCAAUAGGGGAUCAUGGGGCCCCUGUGUCCUUGCUCAAACUCAAAAAAGCCUAU